AGGUAACGUGUUUGUGUGAGGGUGUGUGCGUGGAUGCAUGCACACAUGGAUGCAUGCGCGUGUGCGGUCGCAGCUAUUGCCGAUUCGCGCUUGUUACACAAGAUUUUUCCCCCAACUUUUCCAGUAAUACAAGGGAAAUGAUGCCCUUGAAUAGACGGGGAUUCAUCAACGGACAUUUGAACAGCAAAGAAAGAAGGAAGAUACGCAUUUUGGUUAAACAUGGGGAAAGAGGAAUGCAAAACGAUGCUGGAUGCUCUUAACAAAGUAACCGCCUGCUAUAGACAUCUGGUCAUUACUCUCGGGAGCACCUCGGAUUCGCAGAAUCUGCGGGAAGAGCUGAAGAAGACUCGCAAAAAAGCCCAGGAACUGGCCACGGCUAACAGGACGAAACUGACGGCUCUGCUGAAAGACAAGACGAUAAGCAAAGACGACCGAACCGAAUACGAGCGGCUAUGGGUGUUGUUCUCAAGCAGCAUGGAGCUGUUGGAUGUAGACAUGAAAAGGUCUUUGGAAAUCGGUCAGGAUUUCCCAUUAAAGGUUCCCACGAGGCACCUUAUACAGACGGGGAUGACUGGCAGUACCACCACCGUAGCCGCCAGAGCCAUGAGCGUACAGAAUAUGAAGUACGAGGCGGAUAGCAACAUCGACACCGCAGAUCUGAAGGAGCUGCAAACCGAGAUCACCCAGGUUGGCCAGAUGAUGGAGGAAAUGGAGAUGAAAGUCCAGGUCGCACCGUGGGCAGUAGAAGCCAAGCAGGAGGCAGGGGCUGAGUUGAAGUCAACAGUUAGCGUUGGAAAUUCGUCCGUUGGGGUAAUUUCCAUUUGCGAGGAGGAGCCCAAAGAUGUUGACGGUGAGCCUGGCCUCAUGAAAGUUUUCGCAGGGAUAAUUUUCACAGUUAUCGUGCUCAUCGCGGGCAUCCUAGCAUAUUGCGUGAUUAACCUUUCUUGAACUAUAUAAACACACGAGCUAUGUGAAGUUCGUCCUGGUGGGACACCAGUAGUAAAUUGAUGAUCCCAAGAGAUCAAUUUUGUGAAGAACAGGAAAAAUGAAAAAGCAACCCUCUUGCGGCAAGUCCUUGCGUGUUAUCGGAAUCAGCGCACCUGUGUCGGGUUUCUUUGGAUUUAAGGAUAAUUGUAAAAUACAUUUGGUCAGAACUAGCGGAGACUAGAAAGCCGAGAGAACAAGCAAGCAUACCAUGCCUCGCAUGUACAGAAUGUCAUCAACUUUCAUGCAGGUAGUAUUGCAUUUGUAGUGUAAUAUUGUGUGUCAAAGUGAUGCCAUUAUGAAAUAAAAGUGUUGUGAGGGACCGCUGUUAAUGGUUAAAACAAAGUAAAUAGUGCACAAUCCUGAAAGGGGUUAGACCAAAUAGGCUACAUGUUCUUUUUUGUACAAAAUCCCAGAUAAUUCGAUACAGACUACGUUAGCGCUGGUUCAUCUUAACACGUGGUCCUGUGCAAGUGGAAAAUUAGUGUUCUCACUUGCUAGUUUACCUUAUUUGUUAGGGGUAGCCUAUCAAAAAGGAAAUAAUUGUCAUGCAUUGUGAUGCAUUUAUUUGUCACUGUACGAACUUGAAAUUAGUUAUGUCACAGCUGUUAUCCAUAACUAACACAUAUUUACGAAUGUUACUGACCAAAUUAUUCUCAGAUUUUUUUUUUUAUGACAAACUUGACAUUUUACAAGUAUUACAGUAACUGUUUACGCCGGGAUGUGUCCUCGCAAAUAUGACUGCGUGCAUAGUAUUGAUAUGGAAGUUGUACACCACGUUUGUGCUCAUGAACGGAUGAGAUGCAGAUGAUUUGUACACAAUAUAGCCCACACUUUUAUGACUGUGUUCAUAGUGUAUAUACAAUGAAUUAUAUUUAUUAUACAAAUAAACAAAUGUAUAAUGACAAAUGAAAACAUUAAGUUUGUUUUUGAGCAAACCUGAACCUUUGAUAACGCGAACAAUGUAGGCUAAGCCUAAAUAGGCUAUGUGCUACUGCAUCAUAGCCUACGUGUUGUCGUUCCCAGCGUUGAACUGCCGGAUGAAAAAAUAAACACGUAAUUACUAUUUCAGCUGCUAGAGCGUAAGCAUUCAUUAGGCCUGGAGGCCCAAGGCUUCAGACGUUAACGGGUACAGAAAUUUGAUGCAGGAAAAGAUGCAUACUGUGAACUUUUGUCCGUCAGGACAAUUUGUCCAUUUUUAUAGUUGUAAAUUUAACGAUUCUUCUGAUGAUUGAACCCAUUUAACUUUGUUAAAAAGGGACAGUGCACAAAACAACAUAGCAGUAAUAGCAGAUUUAGCAGUUCAAUUAAUGUACAACUGUACUCUUUAUACAUAGACAAUCAUGAAAAAAGUUUUAUUUCAGAUGCUGUCUGAAGCACUGCAUUGCAGCACUGCAGAUUUCUACUUCUUAAGGUGUAUUUUUGCAUAUUGCACAGGCGGUGUUGUGUUUGCACUCUCAAUAUCCCCUUUGAAUAAAAGUUCAUCAUUUAGGACUGAGGCCUCAAAAUGCUUUGCUUCUUAAUGCGAUUAUGCUCUAGUCUUAAAUCCUAUUCAAAUAUGACUCAGAGAUAGACGCCACGUUUUAAGUGGCUUCCUGUGUAGGAAGAGUGCAAGAACGAGCGUCAGGCUGGAAGCAGAUGUAGAGAGGAGAAAGUGCGAUUACAGGAUUAUGAAGGAGACAAGUAAGGCAACCACAAAGCACAGGAGCCAAAGGGUCAUGAGGUGGAUUAUCAGACGCCAAUCGGCUCGUCUCCUUCAAAAGACUCAAGUGACCUGAGGAAAAUCUGUUCAAUGCAUUUAAAAGGUUUGACACUGAAAAGCUGAUUUCAACCAAUUGGCAACGUAUCGCUUUUUGCCUUGCCUUAAGUGCUCACAUGGAGCCACUUCAAAUAUACCUGGGACAUGCAGAGCAGAAAUGUUGAUCUGUCUGAAAGUAUGGUCUACGUGGAGUAACUUUCACCCCUCAUGCCACCUAUAAGAUAUGGCUGAAGCAAAGGUGACUAAAUGCAAUUGGUAGCUUGCUGCAAAGUGCAAUCAGAAAAUUGGUGAUGUGUCUUCACACCAAUUCACAUGUUCAGAAUCCAAAACCGUCCUCUUCUACAGUGCAUUCGGUCUCUGUGUACUGGGAUCUCUGCACCUAUGUAGGUUUUAAAUUAUGUAUGAUUGAUUAAUUCAUCCCUGGCUGCAUUUUGUGGCCGUAAAAAUCCACCCAGCUGGUUGUUUAAUGAUCGGAUACCCUACUCUGAGUGGUCUGUCAAGGCCUCCCCCCAAAUUAAUAGGAAACUCAAAUAAAUGUCAUUACAUAUA